AUCUUUCAUGAGCUUCUAUACGAGGUUCUCACGAGGGUUGCGGCCGACGUGGCGCGGAUGCAGCUGCAUGUUCCGCUCCAAUACUAUGUGGAAGAACAUGUUUGAGAGUGAAGAAUGAGAGUUCCUCUAUCUAUGGAUUCUGGGUUCAGGAAGGAAGAAGAGAAAAAGUUAGGGCUUUUAGAAGAGAAAACUGCUUACAAAUUGAAGAUGGAGACGACAGAGUAAGACCAUUCGACAGCUAAGUUGCAGGGGAAGAGAGAAUAUAGACGGCGAUCACCUCAAACGACGGCGGAGCCAGGCUCACUUUGUAGAGAUUGAAGACGAGAAAGACAGUUGAUCGGAUGGCGGAGAUGUGGCGAAGAAGGCGGGAGCGUGCUCUUACUCACUCGAGGAACGGAGAGUCGUUGAUCGGAGUGUGGAAGAGAUGGAUAGCAGGACGAGAGAGAGAAAGCGGACUGUGGAAGUGGCGAUUGCAGCUACGGCUACGGUGGUGCUGGGAGUAGGGAAUCGCGUGCUUUAUAAACUGGCUCUCGUUCCUCUGAAGCAUUAUCCCUUCUUCCUCGCUCAGCUUGCUACAUUCGCGCACUCUCCGCGCCGUUUUUGCUCUCUUAAUUUUUUUCCUCCGUUUUAGGAUUUCCAGAUGCAUGUUUUCCGUUUCCACAUCAGCAAAUGCUUUUUUCUCCUCAGUUUUCCGUCACCUCAAAAGUUAGGUUUUAUAUAUAUCUUAAAGAAGCGUUUAAACCCUCAUUUUUCAUCCCCCAACUUCUGUGCAAUGUCAUUGGUCUCCUUCACUUGUAAAAAAUCUCCUUUUUAGCCUUUAAACUUUUAUUAUUUUCACAAGAGGUCGUGUGAUUGCUUAUUUUAUUUUCUAUAGUAAAUAUUAUUUGGAGAGGGGUGGAAAUGUAAGAGGCUUGUAUGUAAAUAUUUUGCUUACUUGAAAAUUUUAAGAAUAAAGUUAAAUUUA